UUCAAUUCAUUAUCCUACUGGCUCCCACUCCAAAAUCAAUCGCAGUUCUUAGAAUACGUCUCCUUCAACAAAACGAACCCUGAUGGAUACCAGUUCACUUCAAUCAAGCAUGCCCGUUAUCGAUCUGAAAUCGGGCAGUCAGAAAAUGCCCUUAUUGGGAUUCGGAACAGCGUCGGAUCCUCCUGUUGAUUCAGAAACCACAAAGAACGCCGUCCUUCAAGCGAUUGAACUCGGUUAUAGGCAUUUCGACACUGCUGCUUUUUAUAAUUCCGAGCAGCCACUUGGCGAAGCCAUUGCUGAAGCACUGAAUCGCGGCUUAAUCAAGUCUCGGGACGAGGUUUUUAUUACAUCUAAGUUAUGGUGCAGUGAUGCCCAUGCCCAAUUUGUGCUUCCUGCUCUUCAGAAAACUCUCAAGUAAUUCACACUUCUUCA